AUGAAUCAGAUAAACUUUUUGGACUUUGGGCAGGUUAUAUGUCAUGUUUUGAGUGGAAUAUUUAUCAUCUUCCCUCAGAUCCAGCAAAGAGUACCGGCGCUAGUUCGGGUUGUUAUGGUGAUCGGUUGGCUGUACACCAUUGGUGUCUGGCUUUGGGGUUGUAUAACCCAAAAUUUCUACCUUGCUGGAGUCGGAUGGAGCUACGAUUUGAGUAAGAUGGGAGCUGAGACAUUGUCAGCCCUCGAAUGGUAUCUAUGCUUCCCAUCUCUUGGACUUACAUAUAUUGCAUAUCUUGCUAUUGUUAUACACGUGGAAAUGACGAAAAGGGACAUGGCGACCAGAACCAAUAGGCGAGGUCAAGAAUUCAAGAUUUUCUUACAAGCCACUAUCCUAUUUUGUUAUAUGAGCACACUUAUUAUUCUUUGGCACAAUGCAGUGGAUUGGUUCCACAUGACAAAGAUGACGAUAGCUAUUUUGAACAGUGCAUGGAUAUUCUUCUCAUAUCUCAAUCCAUUACUGCUCGUAGCAAUGAACCCGUAG